CAUAACCUUUGAUCUUGUCUCUGCUCAAAUAUGUCCAGACUCUGCAGGAACUUUCACAGCCAACGCUACUUACGGCAGAAACCGUGGCAUCAUCCUCUCUUCUCUUGCUUCCAACGUCACCGCUCAGGAUGGAUUCUACAACGCUUCGAUCGGGGAAGGCCGAGACAGAGUCUACGCCGUGGGAAUGUGCAUUCCCGGCACUGAACCAGACGUUUGUUCCGAUUGCAUCAGGACAACAUCCGACGGUCUGAUCAAGAAUUGCCCGAAUCAGACAGAAGGGUAUUCUUGGUCGGAUGAUAGAACGCUUUGUAUGGUACGGUACUCGAACCGUUCCUUCUUCAGUUCGGUUGAUUUGGAGCCUCAGAGAUCGGUGUUUAGCUCUGCAGAUCUCAGAGGGAACUUGACGGAAUUCAAUAGAAUAUGGGAGGGAUUCAUGCUUCGAAUGAUAACCGAUGCUUCUUCUGAACGUAAGCAUUAUACGGCCGAUGUAACGUCCUGGACGACUUUCCAACGUAUCUACUCAUUGAUGCAAUGCACUUCAGAUAUAUCUACCGGAGAUUGUGAGGCUUGCCUUCGGGAAAAUGUCCGUCAGUUUCAGACAUGUUGCGGUGGGAAACAAGGUGGCGUUGUCCGGAGACCGAGCUGUUUCUUCCGGUGGGAUCUCUAUCCUUUCGUCGGAGCUUUCGAUGAUAUUUCCUCGGCUCCCCCACCGCAACCAACAGCUUCUCCCACUUGUGCAGACGAUGAAUCGCUUUCCACGGGAAUUAUCGUGGCAAUUGUUGUCGGUGUCGUCGUCUCGGUAUUGAUUAUUCUUGGAUGCGUUAUUUGCUGGAGGAGACGAUCUUACAGAGCACUUGAACUUGAAAGUGGUGACGAUAUAACAACCCCACAAUCGUUGCAAUUCGAUUUCAAGACAGUUGAAGCUGCGACAAGUAAAUUCUCGAAGAAUAACAUGCUCGGACGAGGUGGAUUCGGGGAAGUUUACAAGGGAACGCUUCCAAAUGGGACUGAAAUCGCGGUGAAGAGGCUAUCGAAAACAUCGGGACAAGGUGAUCAAGAGUUCAAGAACGAGGUUGUUCUUGUUGCGAGACUGCAACAUAGAAAUCUGGUUAGGCUUCUUGGGUUUUGUCUCGAAGGAGAAGAAAAGAUACUCGUAUACGAGUUUGUGCCCAACAAAAGUCUGGAUUAUUUUCUUUUCGACCGUACGAAAAGAAACCGGUUGGAUUGGAGAACACGGUGCAAGAUCAUCGGAGGGAUCGCUCGAGGAAUUCUAUAUCUCCAUCAAGAUUCACGUCUUACAAUCAUACAUCGCGACCUUAAAGCGAGUAACAUUCUCCUAGACGCUGACAUGAAUCCAAAGAUUUCGGAUUUCGGCAUGGCAAGGAUUUUUGGGAUGGACCAAACUCGAGCUAAUACGGGCAGAAUAGUUGGAACAUACGGUUAUAUAUCCCCAGAAUACGCGAUGCACGGCCAAUUCUCGAUGAAAUCUGAUGUAUACAGCUUAGGAAUCUUAGUUCUGGAGAUUAUAAGCGGCAAGAUGAACAGCAAUUUCCACCAGACGGAUGGUACAGCUGUAAAUAUGGUCACACAUGCUUGGAAGCUCUGGAAAGAUGGGUCGCCGUUAGAACUCGUGGAUCCGACCAUUGGAGAGAGUUACGAGAGUAACGAGGUCACUAGAUGCAUCCACAUCGCGCUAUUAUGCGUUCAAGAAGAUCCGGCAGAUCGUCCAGCGAUGUCCACGAUCAUCUUGAUGCUCACUAGUAACACGAUCACUUUACCAGUUCCUCGACAACCCGGAUUUUUGUUUCAGAGUAGAUUGGAUCUGGACACAGCUGCCGAGGACUUGGAGUCGGGACAAUAUACAGACAAAUCUAUUCCUAAUUCUGUCAACGAUGCAUCAGUUACUGAGUUAGAUCCUCGUUGAAGUUGUAUUUUUCUCUUUA